AUGGAUUAUCCAUUUCAUUUCCAGUCAUCUCAAUGGUGCGAGCGGUUGGCCUCCGAGACGAGCCGGUCUGACGUCGUUUACAUAUACCAUUUGCGCACCCACUCACCGUCCAACACAUCGCUCCAAUCAACCAUGGGCCUGAUUCCAAUCUCUAUCCGUUGGAAUAGACAGGAAUCCCAGACAGCGUGCAGUUUAUUCGUGGUCAAACUGCCACCCCUCCAGGACUUGGCUGCAUUUCCUGCUGAUUGGAUUAGCCAACCAUGGAUUGUGGAGGCACAAAUCCUGUGUUUUGGAGCGAGAUACGCCAUAGAUUUUGAUUGCGCUGUGCUUAAGAUUGACCAGCGCAUUGGCAUGCAGAUGGAUUUCUCAAGUUGGAUUAUGGAUUAUGGGUGUGAUUGGGUGAUUGAAAAACAUAACAUCCCGUUGAUGUGCCAUUUUUGUUAUCUCAACUCUGUUUUCAGGGAUUCCGAUGCACGGUAUGAAAUGGAAUGGAUUUCUAUGGUUCACUCUCAAGUCCAAUGGCAAGUGAUCCCAGAUCUGAUCAGGGUGACGUCAAAGGAGGCGACGACCAGGAACACGAUAGUGGCUGUUAGCAAUAGAGUAGCUAUAGCGCAGAAGGGAAAACAAUGGACCACCAAACCUGUGUAA